AUGCAGUCUGGUAUCUCCGCUUCCCAGGAGCUCAAGUCGGCCCUGGGCAGUCUCAUAACCUCGACGAACCAACGCGGUGUCCUCGCCACAAUCCAGAACGAAACCAUCGUCCCCAGCGGCACCAUCACCUCCACCGCCUCCACCUUUGUCGACGACCUCUCCAACCUCUCCCCCCACAUCCAACCCAACACGGCCCUCUACAUCCUCCUCCGCCGCGCCGACACCCUCGCCUCCGCCGACAAAUCCCUCGUAGCCAUAACCUACGUGCCCAACGCCGCGCCCGUGCGCCAAAAAAUGCUCUUUGCCAGCACGCGCCUCACAAUGGUGCGGGAACUCGGCGGCGAGCACUUUGCCGAAAGCGUCUUCACGACCGAAGCCUCUGAACUCACCUCCUCAGGGUGGGAAAAACACAUCGCACACACGGCGUCUGAGAAGCCGCUUACGGCCGAGGAGCAGUCGCUGCAGGAUAUCAAGGACGCCGAGGCGCUGGAGAGUAGGGGCACCCGCGGCCAGGGUCUCGCUCAGGGCGGCCGUAUAGCCAUUCGUGCGGACGACGAGGUUGCGCGUGCGUUGAGGGAAUUGGGGGAGGGCGGUGCGGCGGAUAACCUCGUGCAGUUGCGUAUGGAUGGCGCGAGUGAGACGUUACAGCUUGUGUCGACAUCGUCUGCCACGCCAUCUACGCUCGCCGCCGCCAUGGAUACAAAAGAGCCGCGGUACGCGUUUUACCGCCACGACGACGCCGACGCGAGUAUUGUGUUCAUCUCGACGUGUCCGAGUGGGGCCAAGAUACGGGAGCGUAUGAUUUAUGCGGCGAGCAGGGGGAAUGUGGUUAGUCUGGCGCAGAAUGAGGCGGGGCUCAAGGUGGUGAAGAAGCUGGAGGCGACGAAUCCGGACGAGGUUACUGAACAGAUUAUUUUGGACGAGUUCAAGGUGGAGAAGAAGGAGGAGAGUAAGGGGUUUGCGAAGCCCAAGAGGCCGGGACGGCGGUAA